UGCUGCAAUGUAUAUGUCACAACCAGAGGAAAGAGCCUGUCGUCCUGUUGCUUAGUGCUAUGUAAGGAUCGUGCCCUUUUUACUGUGCUGUAAGGAUCGUAUACUCUGACCUGUGCUCAAUAUUAAUCAUUGUGGAUCUCUACUUGGAAAGCUGCAUGUAUUGCUGAUAAGGGAGUGCUCUGCUGUUUUCACCAUCUAAUCCUCGGUGUCUUCUUCUCUCUCAUAUCUACAAAAAUAACCGAGUAUAUCAAGCCCUGUUAACUCCGGAGAAGCAGCUACUAAUAUAUCACAUUGCCGGGGAGGAGGGCUCUGUUCUGCUGUUUGAUUAGGGGAGGAAAUCUGUCAGCUUGCACAGGAAGCUAUCAGAAGGAGGAAAACAUCCAGCUUACCCUCCAAGAUCAUAACUCAGAUCUACUCAAAAAUGUCAGCGAUCCUUCGAGAAUUAUUACAUGUGUCAGAAAAAGCUGCAUGCAUUGCUCGAGCCUGCCGACAGGAAGAAAGCCUUUUCCAGCUCUUGAUUGAAGAAAAGAAAGAAGGGGAGAAAAACAAAAAGUUUGUCACAGAUUUCAAAACCCUUGCAGAUGUUUUGGUUCAGGAAGUAAUAAAGCAUGACAUGGGAAAGAAGUUUCCAGGUUUAGAAAAACAUAUUGCAGGAGAAGAAUCAAAUCAAUUUACUAAUGAAUUAGGUGAAAAAAUCAUAGUUGAAGUUCGCUCGACAGAAGAAGAAACUGCCAGACUUCUACAGAAAGUGCUGGAUGACAAUGAAACUGCUGCAAGAACAUUAGCUAGAGCAGUUCACCAGGAUGUUGUUCUGUCAGAUCCUGAACUAGAUGCCACCAGUGUAUCAAUUCCAUUGGAUAACAUUGCACUGUGGGUGGACCCCAUAGACUCAACAUUUCAGUACAUAAAAGGAUCAGCAGAUAUUAAACCAGAUCAAGGAAUUUACUCCAAAGGACUUCAGUGCGUGACUGUUUUAAUUGGAGUCUACCAGAUUGAUACAGGGCUUCCAAUAAUGGGCGUCAUUAAUCAACCAUUUGCAACCAGGGAUCCCAAGACAUUGAGAUGGAAAGGUCAGUGUUAUUGGGGUUUGUCGUAUAUGGAUACCAACAUCUGCUCACUUCAGUUUUCCACAGCCAAUGGUGAAGCUAAUGAUCGACCAAACAGCACAAAGUUACAACACAUAGAGUCUGGAACGAAUUUAUAUUCAGCUGUAACAAGCUCAGCCGAAGCUAAGGGUAUUCUUUAUUCUCUUUCUGCAUUGUGUGGAAAAGACCUGUAUUUUGCAGCUGGAGCAGGCUAUAAAUGUCUUUGCGUGAUACAGGGUCUAGUGGAUUUUUAUGUUUUCUCCGAAGACACGACAUUUCAAUGGGACUGCUGUGCUCCUCAUGCUAUUCUGAGAUCUCUUGGAGGAGGGAUCUUGGAUUUGUCCGAAUGUAUGAAAUCUAUGAGGCAGAGGUCAAAACUGACAAAUAGACCCCAUCUAUUAUACAAUCAGGAAGUGGAAGGAGCUACAGGGGCAGAUAGGUGGGCGAACAAAGGAGGACUUUUGGCUUACAGAUCAGAAAAACAUCUAGAAGGUUUUCUGGAGCUCUUCACUAAAAACCUCUCUAUUUAACAUUCAUAAACAUUAGGGGACAUGGACGGGAACAUGACCUUACGUAAUCGCUUAAUGGUAUACUCAAGGCAUUGAACAUGUAUUGUUUAUAUAAAAUAUUACAGUGAUAGUAAUUGUAUAUUCUAAACAACUACUUCCAAAUAUUUUUUCUUUAAAUAUCCCUUAAUAUUGAAAUAGGUCAAUAUUUCUGCAGAAGGGUUACAUGGUUUCUGGUACAGGACUACUAUGGAGCUACAUGGUAAAAUGAAGUAAAAACAAUCUUUUCAUUGCAUUACUGAACCAAGUUAACUACGUGUUCAACCACUAGUUAGUUGUUUUUGUUUCUCAAAUAAAACAAUACUAGAGAAAAUA